GGUUAGUAAAAGUAGAAUCAUUAUAUCAUAUCAUAACUGACAAGAAACAAUUUUUAUGUGUCAUGAUGGUACUAUACCCUUUGUACAUUUAAAACACCUGGAAACCUGCUUGUUCCAAAUUUGGCAUUCUCCCCAUUUUCAAACAGCGACUGAUUUUUUUUUUUUUUAUAUGUAUAUUCUUUUUGCUUUGUUCUUUUGACUCCUCUUUCUUCUAUCAUAAACAGAAAAUAGAUCUUUAUAUACCACCAUUUAUUAAACACUUUUAAUGCAUCGAAAAAAAUUUAAAGAAGAUAUAUCACCUCAAGAUGACGAAGUACUUUUAUUAUCAAAAUAUAAAGAUCAUAAUCAACCAUCCAACCUUCUACGGGAACGUUACAACAGAAAUAAGAGGAAAGGAAACCCUAUUGCGAUUCCCAGUAAUCAAGAUCGAAACAACAAAAUGAAAGGAAAACCUACAUCUUUCUCUGAUAUAACUUAUAAUACUUAUUACUCAAACAGAAAUCAACAGCUUAAUAUUCCCAGACCUCAAAAAAACUUGGUUGGAAAUAUGAAAGGUGCUAUUGAAUCCAAACGAAAAGUUCCAAAGGAAUCCCAAAACGAAUCUGAAAACUCAACUGUUAUAUUAUCAAGUGAAGACGAUGAAUUUUCUUCUGGCUCAAGUCGAAGAUCAAAGAAUAUUGAAAGGCGAUCAUUACCACAAGAAUUUAAUGAAACAAAAGCUACACAUGCGCUUCAAUCUUCCAUUAGUCCACCAUUCCUCAACAAGAAAAGACAUCAACCUAAUCAACUAUCAACACCAAGAAGGCCAUUUUCAUUUGCAUCAGGAUCAUUCUCUUCACAAAAAGCACCAUUAUUUCCUCCUAUACGGAACCCCUUUACUGAACAACUUCACCGUCAUGUACCAAAGUCUCCUCCAAAAGAAAUCUCCCGAUCUCUUUCAACAUCACCACCUGUUGUACCAUCAUAUCCAACAACAACAAGAUCGCAACGAACACAGCCAGAAAUCAAUCCAGUAUCUCGACAUAUUAUAUUUGAUGAUGAUGAUGAUGAUAAUGAUAAUGAUGAUCACAAUGAUAAUGAUAAUGAUGAUAAUAAUAAUAAUACUCCUUCAACUAAAUCUCAAGCCACAAAUCAUUCUCAUAGUACAGACGAGCCUUCCUAUUCUGUUCGGACGAUGUUGAAGGACAACUUUUACGAUUAUACUACUCCUGGUUCAAAAGAUAGAAUAAAAACACAGCCUUCGAGUCUCACAACAAAAAGACAACAACGAUCUACUGGCAGGAAAGGAAGAUCUACAAUAGAAAAGACAAGCGACCUGCGGGAUAGUACAAUGGGUGAUGAAUCUCUAGAUACAACACCUGUAGAACUAUCUGAUGAAGAAAUGGGUGAAAUGUCUGAUACGAUAUUGUUUACUUAUCCAGUGGAUCGUAGCAAGGGAUCGAUUACUAUUACAGUAGAAGAUCAAACUCGAUUAGAACCUACUAUGUUUCUCAAUGACAGCAUUAUUGACUUUUAUUUGAAAUGGUUGAUGGAUUCUUACUCUGGUAUCAAUAAACAUUAUCGCAAUAAAAGACGAAAUAGAAGGGCUGUAGAACAAACUCAUAUAUUCAGCAGUUUCUUUUAUAAUCGACUCAUUCAAGGCUCAGAAAAAUCGAUCUCUUAUGAAAAUGUAAAAAAAUGGACUUCCAAGAUUAAUUUGUUUGGCAAGAAAUAUGCUAUAUUCCCCAUCAAUGAAAAUUGGCAUUGGUAUCUUGUUUUGGUAUAUAAUUUAGAUAAAUGUAUUCCUGGACAAACUGCUUUGGAUCCUGAAGUACUGGAUUUAUCAAGUGAUUCUGAAGGUGAUCGAUCCCUCACGGAACCUCAUAUCUUUGUCCUCGAUUCAUUGGGUGGACGGCAAAAGAAAUGUACUAUGAAUAUCAACGACUAUUUGGCACAAGAAGCAGCAUCACGAUUACAUGUAGAACCUACGGAAUUUAUCAAACCUCGAUUUCACUAUGCUUCUGUACCAAGACAGGACAACUCUUGUGAUUGUGGGGUAUUUUUACUUCAUUUUGUGGAUCAAUUCCUAAACUCUCCUCAAAGUUUUAUUGAUAUUCUUUUGACCAAAAAUGCUACAAGCCCUUUAUGGAAAGCAGAUGAAAUUAAGGAUAAAAGAAAGGAACUUCAAGAUUUAUUCUUGGAUAUUCAUAGUGAAUAUGUUGCCGCACAUGUUGGAAAAUUGAUUAUGUAAUUUUAGUUUAGUUUUAUAUUCCAAAUAUAAAUGAUGGUUUUUACCCUU